CAUCCGCCGUCUCGGCAGAGCCUGGGUGGGACUCACGGAGCCUUUCCUUUGUUACUGUAUUGAGAGAAACCACAGAAUGGGAAGGGAAGGAGUCUACUCAGAGGCAAGUGUCCAGAAGUUUGAAAUAUGCCUGGAGCAGUUGGAACAUGUCUCGAGAUACUUCCUGCCUCCAAAUAAACGUUAAGGCAGGUGCUUGUUUGUGGAAUAUGAUUAAUCAUGGGAAUGUUGGUGAUUUGCUAAAUUAAGAAAAAAUUAUCAUUUGAGGAAUCUCCUUUGAGAAUCAAUAAUGACGUUGGAAUACAUCUGGGGAAGCGGUGACUCUUGCCUUUCUUUUCCAUGUCUUCCCAUAUUUUGGAUAAUUUGGUAAUCAAGUUGAUAGAAAAGAAAACCUCUCUUUCAAGAUCAUGACUGAAGAAAAGAACCUUGGUGUGUCUCAGAAAGUCUUAUCACCUUCAAGAAGUACCAGCAGCUCCUCGUCUAAGCAAGGAAGUAGACAGGACAGCUGGGAAAUUGUAGAAGGACUACGGGGAGCCAUGAAUUGCACACAGGAACCACAGAAACAGGAAGGCUACCUGCUGAAAAAGAGGAAAUGGCCCCUGAAAGGCUGGCACAAGAGAUGUUUCUUCCUGGACAAAGGAAUUUUAAAGUAUGCAAAGAGUCCAGCUGAUAUAGAGAGAGGAAAACUGCAUGGAUGUAUAGAUGUUGGGCUUUCAGUGAUGUCUGUGAAGAAAUCAACAAAAUGUAUUGAUUUGGAUACAGAAGAACAUAUUUAUCACUUAAAGGCAAAAUCUCAGGAAGUCUUUGAUGAAUGGGUAGCAAAGCUGCGCCAUCACAGAAUGUAUCGUCAGAAUGAAAUUUCCAUGUUUCCGCAUGACAUCAACAAUCAUUUCUUCCCAGCAUCUUCCAUUACAGACUCUGUAUCGGGCCUUUUUGAAUCCACAGCAAGCAGAAAGAGAGGCAGCUUGACACAACAAAGUUCAAUGCAGACUGGAAGUAGCUUAUCAUUCUCCUGUUCAAAUAAUGAGCCAAGGAUACCACCUUGGCUUCAGUCUUCUGAGGAUAUGGAAAGAUGCUCAAAAGACCUGUCUCACUGUCAUAACUAUCUCUUGGAGAUGAGCCAGCUUUUGCAAAGCAUGGAAGUUCUCCAUAGGACAUACUCAGCACCCACAAUAAAUGCCAUGCAGGGGAUCCCUUUUGAAAGUCCUAAAAAGGAAAAAAGAGCACACAGAAGAUGGCGUUCUCGAGCAAUUGGAAAAGAUGCUAAAGGAAUGUUGCAGGUACCAACUGUUCUUUCUGCUCCAUUGAGACUGCAUGCUUCCAAUCCUAAUUUGUCUACAUUAGAUUUUGGGGAAGAGAAAAUGUACUCUAAUGGUUCUGAAACAACGCCUGAGUUUUCUAAAAUGCAAGAGGACUUGUGUCACAUAGCACACAAAGUGUACUUUACCUUAAAGUCGGCUUUUAGUACGAUAUCGUCAGAGAGGGAGAAGCUAAAGUUGAUGUUUGAACAUGAUUCAGUCUCAUCUCCAUCUGCUCAAAUAGUUGGACUGAAGAAUGCCUUAUCAUCUGCCAUAGCACAAAACACAGACCUUAAAGACCGGUUACGCAGAAUACAUGCCGAAUCUAUGCUCGUUGAUUCAGCAGCUAAUGCAAAAUCCAGCCCUGAUUUAGCAAAGGAAGAUUUAGAAGAAGAAAGCAGGGGUCUAGUUCACCAACUCUCCAAUGAAAGCAGACUGUCUAUAACAGAUUCUCUGACAGAAUUUUUUGACGCACAGGAAGUCCUGCUGUCUGCCAGCUCUUCGGAAAAUGAGGUAUCUGAUGAUGAUUCAUAUGCCAGUGAUGUCAGUGAUAACAUCUCUGAAGAUAAUCUAAGUAACGACACAGAGAAUGAAAGACAGACCCUGGACUGUGUUCCCGAUGGUAGCAUGGAAAGCCAUUCCAAGCGGAGAACAUGUCUACCAGCUCCAUGCCCUAACACUAGUAACAUCAGUCUCUGGAACAUUCUGCGGAACAACAUAGGCAAAGAUCUCUCCAAGGUGGCUAUGCCAGUCGAGCUGAAUGAACCACUGAACACUUUGCAGAGACUCUGUGAAGAACUGGAAUACAGUGAAUUGUUGGAUAAGGCAGCACAUACACCUAAUCUAUUUGAAAGAAUGGUAUAUGUGGCUGCUUUUGCUGUAUCUGCCUACGCAUCCAGUUACUACAGAGCUGGAAGUAAGCCAUUUAAUCCUGUGCUUGGAGAAACCUAUGAAUGUGUCCGUGAAGAUAAGGGCUUCCAGUAUUUUUCAGAACAGGUCAGUCAUCACCCACCUAUAUCUGCAUGUCAUGCUGAAUCUGAUAACUUUGUGUUUUGGCAAGAUAUUAGAUGGAAAAACAAAUUCUGGGGGAAAUCCAUGGAAAUUGUGCCAGUUGGUACAACACAUGUAGUUUUGCCAGCUUAUGGGGACCAUUACGAGUGGAAUAAGGUGACAUCUUGCAUUCAUAAUAUCUUAAGUGGGCAACGAUGGAUAGAACACUAUGGAGAGAUCAUAAUCAAGAAUUUGAAUGACCACACCUGUCUCUGCAAACUUACUUUUAUAAAGGCAAAGUACUGGAAUCAUAAUGUUCAUGAGAUUGAAGGCAGUGUUUUGGACGAAAAUGGAAAAGUAGUAUAUCGUCUUUUUGGGAAAUGGCAUGAGAACAUAUUCUGUGGAACUUCAUCCUCGACAAACUGCAUCUGGAGAGCAAAUCCCAUGCCUAAAGAUUAUGAACAGUGGUAUGGUUUCACACAGUUUGCAUUAGAACUGAAUGAAUUGGACCCACUUAAAAGACCACUGCUACCAUCUACUGACACCCGGUUUAGACCAGACCAAAGGUUUCUAGAAGAAGGGAAUAUUGAAGGAGCAGAAGAACAAAAACAAAGAAUUGAACAGCUUCAGAGAGAGCGGCGGAAAGUUCUAGAAGAAAACAAUAUGGAACAUCAACCUAAGUUUUUCAGGAAAUCGGCAGAUGACUCCUGGGUCAGCAAUGGAACCUACCUGGAACUUAGAAAAAACCCUGGCUUUUCCAAACUGGAUAAUCCUGUGCUGUGGUGAAAAAGGAGCAAGAAAAAAGGACAUCUAGAGCUUCUGUCCCUGAUUAUAAUGUACAAAGGGGGAAAAUGCUGCAUAUCACCUUGAUCUUCUAGAACCCUGCUUGAUUUAGACUUUUGACAUGCACAUUUCUCUUAGUUCCAUUUCUUUCGUGCUACUUUGAUAGCAAUCAUGACGUGUUUGAAUGUACAAAAAGACCCUCUAAUUUUCUUCAUACAUACAUACAUACAUACAUACUAUUUAAUAAACUUGUUGAAUGUUAUCUAAGAGAAGAGAGAGAGAGAAGCUUUAACACUAUUUUUCCAAAGGAUAAUGCAAGUUCAGAUGUAAUAGAUGCCUUAUUGAAUUGCAUGAUGGACAGUAUUGGACAGCAGCCUUCAGCUGUGCUACAGAAACUGAAUAGAUCUCCCAAAUGUCUGUAAGCUACCAAAGCUGGAUGUAUUAGUUAGUCUCUUGCUUAAGAUACCAGAUGACUUCACAUGUAAUAGUGAUAAGUAAAUGGGUAGGAACUGCCGCUCCUGGCGAAUGUGCACUCCUGGCUUGAGCUGGUACUCCCGGCGUGAACUGGUACUCCCACUCAUUUCUGUGUUGUCCAAUCUGGAAUUGUUGGGUUGCCGAUGUCUGGUCCCCUCCGACACCUGUAAUGAGCAAUUGCAAUUGGGUGGAGAAUGUUAGGUGAAGGAGGGGACCCAGCGUUGGCAAUUUGACAUUUCCAGGUUUGGACCACACAGAAAUGAGUGCAAGUAGCAGCUUGCAUGCUCACCAGAAAUAGUGGUUCCCUCCUCCUUACUUGCUGUCAUCAGGUGUGAAGCUGCCCACCAUCUCAAUUGCUGAUGGUGCUGGAGUCUGACUUGUUCAGGUUUUUAUAUUUUAAGAGAGAUAGUACAUUGAUCUUUUUACUCUAUUAGAUAAUAUAUUCUUUAAAAAAAAUAGUAUCAAGUAGUAGUACUGGUGGUUCUACUGCCUUACAAACAAAGGGCGUGAUCACUGGGAACUUUGCUUAUGCCUUGUUGAACUGAAUGGAAGUUAAGCCAUUGCAGACUUCAACAGGGCUUGCACUGGGGAAGUUCUAAGGAGACACUGUCUCCAAUUUGUACCAUAUUACCUAUAUGGCUCAUGCUGUGGAUAAACCUGUAGGGCACAAUCCAACAAAAGUAUGCCAUGACUACUUCUGUUAACACCAGUGGUAUGAGACUUAGCUGCAACUAACUUUUGCUUGAUUGUACCCUUGAGUGAAAUUUAAAACAAUAGUACUUGUAAACUUGGGGGUGGGGGGCGGUGAUCAAAUUAUAUUUUGAUCAAAAUAUGAUUUUGCUUUUUGUUUUAGCAAACUGAAUAUUUUGUUUUGCUCUCCUGGUUGGCUUUUCAAAUAAAAUCUUUCCGGAUAAAAUAAAAUAAAAGCCCUCCUUUUUAACAA